AUGGUUAUGUUAAUUAGAACAAAAUCCAAAGCAAAAGACAAGGAGCCUCCGCGGAAAAUCGAGUCAGUUGCAUCAAUAAAAGAGAUGCAUGCUAAAGAGAUUGAAGAUGUCAGUAAGGGUAAGAAGCCUGAAAAGGUUGUUGCUAAGAAGACCGCAGCUAAGAAAAAACCUACUCCCAAUAAGUUUAGGUCGUGCCUUUUAACAUUUUUACAACUCUCUGAUAUUACGCAAGGAAACACCCGUCUUGUACCUAUGGAGGAAGAUGUGUUUGGUAUUGAGCAUCAAGAAAUAAUUGGUAUGGAGGAUUUUGAACAAAUUUUUGAACAUACGCAAUUAGGCCUCGGUGUUAUUGAUACAUACAUAAGGUUUUUGUAUGAAAAAUUGAUGCACCCGAGUGGAUUGAGGCAAAGAUUCGCUUUCUUAGCUCCCUUCAAUACCAACUUAGGGUUAAUCAUAUCUAAACCGAAUGAAGUCAUGGCGUAUGUACUCAACCGUUUUAUGGCCAGCAUAAAUUCAGAAAAGUUGUUCUUUUUACCGUUUAAUACCGGCAACGGCGGACAUUGGUUGUUGGUCGCGAUUAAUCCUAUCAGAGAAGUUGUAUAUUUUCUGGAUUCCUUACACAAUCCAAUUAGUACAUACGAAGCUAUGAAGGAGUUGGUUGAUACCGUUAUACAAGUUUUUCGAGCACAAAGAGGAAGUCAAGUACCAAAGAGUAAAGCCAACAACAUCACAUGGAUUCGAGUGGAGUGUCCUGGGCAGCGUAAUGAAGUAGAUUGCGAUUUUUACAUGUUGCAGUUUAUGAAAGAAAGUCUUCUUUCGAAUCAAAUAGAGAUUCCGUCCAAGAUCUAA